GCAGCGGCUGCUCGUGCUUCUUUAGUUUUAGCUUUAGCUUUAGCUUUAGCUUUAGACCUGAGACCUGAGACCCAGAACAGAACAGAACAAACCAAACCACCGCGGGUGCUGUGUCCUCGGCGUGUCUGUCCCCGGAGGACCACCAUGGACAGAGACUCAGUGAAACUUUCCAAGAACCUGCUGCGCAUGAAGUUCAUGCAGAGAGGUUUGGACGAAGAGACGAAGAAGCAGCUGGAGGAAGAGGAGAAGAGAAUCAUCAGUGAUGAACACUGGUACCUGGACGUCCCCGAGCUCAAGAGCACAGAGAGCCAGAUCAUAGAGGUGGACAGUUUUGUUCCCUGUGAGGACCUGAUUUAUGGACGCAUGUCCUUCAGAGGCUUCAGUCCAGAUGUGGAGAAGCUGAUGAAAUUGAAUGGAAAAGGUGAAGAGGAGGAGGAGAAGGAGGAGGAUGAGAGCAGGAUGAAGACGGACGUCACUGAUGAAGAAAUGGCUCUGAGGUACGAGAGUUUAGUCGAAAGCAUGAAGAAGAAGUUUGUGAGGAAGCGCGAGCGAUCGUCGCUGGACGACACGAACAGGAAGAGAGUUUUUGUCAAACCUCAGGACUGAACCUCUCUGUGGAUGUUAUACAUCCUGUCUUUCUUUUUGAAAUCAAAGUGUUUUCAUUAAACACCUGUUUCACCCUU